AUGAGUGGACCCGGCGACGAGCGAUGGCGCGGAGGUCGACCAUAUGAUCCAAAUCGCCAGUCCGGGCAACGACAACGGAACAAUAAUAUGGGCCAACAAGGCAGUGGACGCGGCUCCCCUGCUGCCGGUAUGGGAAACACCUGGGGUGCGUCUCGCGAUGCGGCAAGCAUGGGACUUCCCCAAGACCAGCAUGUCCCCGUGCGUGGGUUUAAUGCUGCGGAGGCCAAAGCAGCUCUUAGGAGAGGUCAAGGAGAGCCGAGACCCUUCUUCUAUAAACCCUCUGGCAAGGAAGUGAAUAACCGGGCGAGUGGACCAUGGGGCUCAAAGCCAAAUACCACGGCGAGUGGCAAGGACUUCUUUCUCGAGCUGCGCAAGCAGAUCACUACCCUGCGACAGGAAAGCAAUGUCCCCGGUGGUUGA